UUAGCCUUUUGGUUAUCCUAACCACCAUGAAAGGGGUGGUUUUUAGAAGGGCGGCGAUUCUUGAUGCUGUACUCGGAGAUGAAAAGGUCGCCUGGCUUCUCCUUCUCGCCAUAGGGCAUUGGAAGAAUGAACGGUCGGACUUCUUCGGUAUUUGCAAGAACUCCCGGCAAUAUGUUUGCUGGAGAGCAAGAGGGGAAUGGAUUUUCGGUUAAUAGAGAUUUGCCUCGCCGGAUUUUGAUUGGGGAGAGCAGCUUUCAUGCACGUGGAGGGAGCGACGAUGGCAAGGAGGGGAAGGGUUUAGACUGCGAUGGGUUUCCUGAAGAUGUUGGGUUCGGAUGGAAGGAGAAGAAUGCGCUUGUUGAGAGGAUCGAGGAGCUUGAGAAGGAGCUUUAUGACUACCAAUAUCAUAUGGGUCUUCUCCUUAUCGAGAGGAAGAUGCAAGCUUCCAAAUUUGAAGAGCUCUGGAAAGGAUUGUCAGAAGCCAGGGCAAAUUUGGAACUAGAGCGUGCAGCACUCCCCAGCACCUUAUCCGGAAAACAAAAGCAGGAGCAAAGUAUUCGAAGUAUUCUGAUAACUUUAGAGGCUGAGAAGCAGCAUGUUGCAGAACUUGGAAAGACAAUUUACAAAAUGAAAACAGAAGAGAAACGGCUUACUGAACAAGCAGAAACACUGGAAAGUUUGGAACCAAGUCUGCUGGAGCAUGAGUUGGAGCUGAAGGGAUCGCAGGACUUCCUCAGUGAAAGGAAGAUGAACAUAACAAACGAGAAAGAAGAAUUUAGUAAAAUACAGGAGAAAUUUGAAGCGAUCCAGCAUAACUUUUCCAGAAUGAAUGAUGCUUCUAACUACAUGGAAGCUGGUAUUAGUCAUAGACAGCAAAAUUUAGCUAGUAAAGAGAAGGAAGCUGAAAGUAAGCAAGAGAAGCUUGAGAAGAAAGGGAGAGAUCUACUUGACAAUCGAAAGCUUCCAACGAGAGAAAGUGCUCUGCAAUCCGAGAAACAAGCCUUUGACCAGGAGUUGGAGAGUGGAAGAGAAUCAUUAGAUGGAAAAUUAAAAGAUAAAUUGAAUAAAUCGUUGAAGCAAAAUGCUGUGGAGGGAGAAUAUGGAAGCCAAAUGGAAAAUGAUUUCUUGGCUCAUGAAAAGGAGGUUGAAACUGACCAAUUAAGGGUUUACACGGACAAGGAAACUCUUAACAAUUUCUCUAACAAACUGCAGAAUUUUAUACAAGAACCUAUGAAGAAGAGGAAUUUUUUACUUUCUCUAAACGAGGACUGCGAGGACUGCAAGAACUGUAAUUUUAUCAUUAGUGAAAUAGACCUUGCUACUCCUGAAAAUUUUGAAGGCGAUAUAUUACCGAGUCCCAAUGAACACCUUGAGCAGAGGCCAAUGGAAAGUGAAAAUGAUGAUUGCUAUCCUCAGAACAAGAGAUAUCAAUCAAUUAAAGUAGGAGGUUGCAGGCCAUGCCUUCAAUGCUCCGAAAUAGCGAAAGAUGUGUUACAGAUUGAAUGUCAGCCCACUGUUUCUUCCAUCAAUGUACAAAAUGACACUCAACCACUGUCUUCUAAAGACCAGAAGGGUAGAUCUAUGCCUAACAAAAGAACAGGCUCUCUGAAGUUAGCAGUUGAGAAUUGUAAAGAAACACUGAAUGAUAUUCCAAAAGAGAUCAAACAACUUCAAAAAUGCUGUUCAGAAGAUCUGAAGGAUACCAAUGAGGAAAGCAAAUCGAACUUGCUCAAUUCUGCGAAGAUGGGAGGUAGUGCAGAGCAGCGGGAUCUUCUUUGUGAUGCAUCUGAAACAACAUCUGAGUUCGAUGCAUAUCACACAAAAACACAAUUAGCAAAUGAAGGGCAUCGUAAAAGGCAGAGAACAGGUGACAUUAGAUUAAAUUUUCCUGGACAAAAGCGGUACAAUUUCAGACCCUCCACCAUAUUGAAGGUUUUAGUAAGCAAACUACAGUCAGAACAUGUAUUUGGGAGGGAGAAUCAUGAAAAAGAUAUUGACCAUGAACCAAGCAAUGCAGAUUAAUGUUUGUUAGCUGGCUUCAUCUUAAAGCGCAGACGCAUUAACUUUACAAGUGAAUACUCCUGAAUGUAAAGUAUCUUAUCCCAGAAGG